AUGUCGUAUUCACCAGACUCGACGGUGGCCUUCAUAGGGAUCGGCGUGAUGGGCUACUCCAUGGCCGUCAAUCUACGCGCAAAGCUCCCUUCGUCCAAGCUCCUUCUGAUCUGCGACGUCUCCCAAACCCUGCUCGACAAGUUUCGGAAGGAGAAUGGGUCUAAGGGCCCGAUCGAGGUCGUGCCGAACGGCUACGAGGCAAUCCAACGGGCGAACACACUCAUCACAAUGUUACCCACGGCGGCCGCGGUCGAGAAAGUAUAUCUGGACGAAAAGUCGGGCGUGAUCCAGGGCGCCAUUGACGCGAGCAAGGACGGGAGCCCGCAAAAGAAACUGAUCAUGGAGUGCGGCACCAUCGAGACGGCGACGAUCUUGAAAGUCGCACAGGCCACGAAAGAUGCGGCCUCCAAACUUGCGGAUGGGGCAACGCUGGAUUUUGUCGAUGCUCCUGUCUCGGGGGGUCCCAUGGGCGCCGAGGCCGGCACGCUGACAUUCAUGGUUGGCGCAACGUCGAAAGAACCGUUCGAGCACGCCAAAGAAUAUCUGCAACACAUGGGCAAGAAAGACAGCAUAUUCCACUGCGGUGACGUCGGCGCUGGCACGGCGUUUAAAGUGAUCAACAACUAUCUUUCAGCCAUUACAAGCUUGGCCGCCUCCGAGGCACUGAAUAUCGGUGCGAAGAUGGGGUUGGAUCUGAAGUUAUUGACCGAUGUGAUCAACGUUUCUGGCGGACAGUGUUGGGUUACCUCCAACUCGAACCCUGUUCCAGGCAUUCACGCCAACGCACCGGCAAGCCGAGGCUACGAGGGAGGAUUUCGCAUCGAGUUGUGCAAACACGUGCUGGAAAUGGGCAACUCCCUCGCACAAAUGGUCGGUGCGCGGACGAUAUUAGAUAAACCUACGCUCGCAGCUUUCGAUGAGGCAAUGAAUGAUGAGAGGUACAAGGGGAAAGAUGCGCGGGUUGUUUAUAAGUGGCUGAAUGAUCAGGAUGUGGAAAAGAAGGUCAAUGGCGAGGAGAAAUGA